AUGGAAAAAUCGGCCUCAGCACAGGUGGCGGCUGCAUCGGCUGCCGGGCCUAAAGUGUCGCAGAUAGCGAACCUUUUCCAGCGCAAGCCAGUCGAACAGACGGCCGCAGAAACGGCCGCACGACUCGGAGAAGCAAACCCGCCAGCAUCCGGUGUCGUCGCUGGCCACCACCACCACUCACCAACGGCCACGGUUGUCCGGACCGAAUCGCAUGCAGCUCGCUUCAACAACGCCCGAGCCCUGUUCGAGAAGCUCGGUGAGGGUCGCGUCAAUCGACCACCGCCGUUCAGCAUCAAAAUGUCACAUUCCAGCAGUAAGGAUGAUAAUCUGUCCGACAUCGGGUCCGGGCAGAUCGACCGAUCGCCUUCGCCAAAGAGAAAGUUGCAGUUGCAGCAGCAACAACAAUGUCCUUCGGUACUGCCGGCGGUAUCGACCAUCAGCAACGGUAUCAGCAAGCUGGACUCCAACCGUAUUUUGAACCAAUCGCGCCUGAAGUCAGAUAAACCGGAAAAGCCUGAGAAACCGGAGCGAAAGUUCAAUUCUCGGGAGCUGAUUGAGAAGCAAAAGAACUGGACUUCGCACUUCUCGAAAACACGAUCCUCGAAGGGGGUCGCUGUGGGAGACUUCACCCGGUGUGACAUAAUCCGGACGGUGCCGGGGACGGGCAUUAUUGCAGCUGGAAACACCACAUCCGCUGCACACUCGCCCACCACAACAACAACGAAUGGUACAUCGGCAUACGGCACUGGUGGGUCCAUUUCGAACGGAAGUUCUAAAGAGACCCUAUAUAGCGGGCAUACCGAUAGAGCCGAUCGGCCGUUGACGAACCACCCGCCGUUGCCACCAUCCUCGGUAGGAGCUGGGCAUCAUCGGUUACCGUCCCCCAAUGAGUCACCACCAAGUCCGCCGAAGCGACAAACGCCACCGCCGCCUCCGCCAGAGAAGGGCCCGCGUAAUUCCACCGGGGCCGCCGCCAUCCUGAAACAGAAUUCUUUUCCAAGCCCCACAAAGACACCGCCGGCGGUUCCUCCGCACGCAACCAGCCACAUUUCGCUCAGUCCAACGAAGAUCGGCGCAGAGAGCGUGAAACCCCCACCGCGACAGGUUGAACCGUUGACAACGGCCGGAGAAGCCAACAUUCCACCCGCGGCUCCAGUGCGCAGCAGCACGACCACGCUUACUACCAUCUAUCCGCAAUCGUCCGCAAGCACCGAGCCACAACCGGAGAAGAUGGCUGGCAAGAAGUCACUCGAUGUCAAUCUGGACGAACGCAGCUCAAGUGGUGGUGGCCCACCUUCAACCACCUUCAAGUACCCGGAGCUCGGGGCACUGGCACGCCGCCAAUCAUCGGAACGGGACACCGGAUCUGGGGGGCUAACCUCACCGGCUCAUGCCAUCAGCUCGUCGCCCAGUCCGGGCGCUAGCGCUUCGUCCGGACCGUCCUCGCCGAUACACACGGAGGACGAGAAGCAGGAGAAUGAAUCGACGGAAAAGUUUUCCAGUGCCAUCGAACGAAAGGAAGAUGGUCCCGCGACGGAUCCGAAAUCCGUAGAGGAACGAAACGGAAAAUCCUCACGAUCAGACGAUGAACAUCAUUCCGAUGAGCAGGAGCAUCAGGAUCAUGGUGGCGUCACACUCCGCCCGAAAGUGUCGAGCAUCUGCUUUGAGGUUCCAGCAGCCGGUCUUGGCAACCGGCCACCGAGCAUCAUCAGCAGUUCCACCACCACCGACGAGGGUGGUUUCAACGAGCCAUCGCCAGAAAUUAAGGCCAAACUCAAGCCAGCUUACGAGUUUGAUCUUCCGCUGCCUGCUUCUCCACCUCGAAAGCUUCCGGUUGGUCAAGAUCGUUCGCCAGUCUGCAGUCCGGCGACAGAAACAAAACUAACCUAUGCCGAUCUCGGCUACCGUGUGCGCCCGGACGGUACCGAGUGUGACGAAAUCUACGGUGAAGUGGAUGUAUAUCGAAGUGCCAAUAUUAGCAGUAUUAGUAAGUCCAACCAACAACAGUCUCUGGUCCAGGCUGGGAUCCCUUUGACUAGAAAUCGACGUCAGAAUGAUGCAGUUGGUGGUGAUGAUGAUGCAGUCGUGGCUAAUGGUAGUAGCUCGACCGUGGUAACUAAUGGAGCACAAGUUGACGCGAACCUCAACGAUGCAACAAUUGGCCGGGUGCUGUAUGCAUCAAUUAUUCCUACGGGUGUCGCUGAUAGCGCAUCCUCGCUAACCGAUACGAGCAGCGAGCUAGCCUUCAUGGACGUCGAGAAAGACGAGGCGAAGAUUUUGGACUUUGACGAGCUGAGUGAAAUAGGCGAGAAGGUCUACCACAGUCCGCAAACGCUGCUUGAUCCCACGAGACCAACACUGACGGCGCCAGAAGAAGAUUAUAGCACCAAGACGCUACCGGAUCCGCCAUCGUUGGCCUCGAUGCGUCCACCGCCGAUUCCGGAAGGGCCUCCGUUGGAUUUGCAGGACGCGCUCGAAUACGCCGAUGCCAGUGACAACGACAGUUUGCUGCCAGAUGAGAUGACAGCAGACGAAGCGGAGCGGCUGUUAAGCUCGAGAAUAUUGGAGUAUAAAAUCAGACAACGACCGCUGUUGUCAGAUGAACAAGCGCGCGAAGUAGAACAAAUUUUGCUCAACAAUCAAGCCAAAGCCGAGGGACCUGAAGCCGAACGGGUGCCCGUUCCGAGGCAGUCUGCCAGUACGAUCGAAUCCUCAUCAUCUACAGUUCCGAAACAAACUUCUAAGGUGCAAGCAUCACCGACAACGACCUCCGACGAACCAGACUGGUUGAAGGACGUUCUCGAGGCACCAAAGCACACGUCGGCAUCCGCCGCAUCCCCUUCACCUUCAUCGGCGACCAUUGGUCCGUCGUCGGUGCGAGGUAAGCCUCCACCACCUCCCGGUCUGCCGAACACCAGCCGUAACACUUCCACUGCUAGUCAGCCGCCCGAAGAGGGCAGCAUUGGUAAUAACACUACGUAUGAUCUGCUCAAUCAAACUAUCCUCGACGCCUCGUCUUCCGUACUAGUCGACUCAUACGUAGACACCGGUGACUCGAUACCAAGCGUCACAACGACCACCACCUCCGAUAGCAUUAAUCUGGGCAAAUUGGAAGAUUCGACCGGUGAGACAGCAGCAGCAGCGGCAGUCACCACCACUCUGGUGCAAGACGAGGACCAGGACGAUGAAAAGGAUAACACCUCAAGUAGUCGGCGUGGCCCAGCGCCUUGUGCCGGAGGUGAAGCGGACGUAUCGGCAGACGAUGAGUCAAACAACUCGGCCAACGGAUUUUACAUCCCCGAGUAUCCGCCGGUACGUUGCCAGGAGGUGUACGUUAAUCCGGAUGGUGUGCACUUUUUUGAAGACGGUAACUUUUGGAUGGAGGUUCCGGGUCUGAUAGAGGCGGACCGUGAACUCGACGACGAAGACCUGCGGGGGUACAUCAAGAAAAAUACGAAGGUGAAAUUCAGCACCAACCCGAUGCAAGUGUUCUCAACCUUCUCGGUGAACGAUUACGAUCGGCGCAACGAGGACGUGGAUCCGGUGGCAGCUUCGGCCGAGUAUGAACUAGAGAAACGCGUCGAGAAAAUGGACGUUUUCCCGGUUGAACUGAUGAAAGGACCGGAGGGAUUGGGGUUGAGCAUUAUAGGUAUGGGUGUUGGUGCCGAUGCCGGUUUGGAGAAGCUGGGGAUAUUCGUAAAGACCAUCACCGAUAAUGGUGCUGCGGCGCGUGAUGGGAGAAUACAGGUGAACGAUCAAAUCAUCGAGGUGGAUGGUAAAAGUCUAGUCGGUGUUACGCAGGCGUACGCUGCGUCCGUCCUGCGCAACACUUCCGGUCUGGUUCGAUUCCAGAUUGGGCGGGAGCGUGAUCCAGAAAACUCCGAAGUAGCACAGUUGAUUCGCCAGAGCUUGCAAGCGGACCGAGAGAAAGAGGAACGAGUCAAGCGCCAGUUGGAGGACUAUAUACGGCGGAAUGCAGAAAUUUCUGAAGAUAGUACACUGCCUGUCUCCGCCAACUCGAGCGUCUCCGAAGGUCCGGUUAGUCCGACGACAAACGUUGCAGAAUCGUUGUUCGAAACGGAAGCUGCCCGCAGUAGCGAUGUUGAGUCAUUGCGACGCAUCUUGCAGGAGAAUCUUAAAACCAUUGCACUGCAUGAGGGCGAUAUUCUGAAUCUGAAACAGCAGCUCAUUAAAUAUCAACAAACGUGUAAUGAGGCAGAGUUGUUGAAUGAACGGGUAAAGCAUACGGAGCGCGAGCUUGCCAACAUAAAGAAGGAAGCGAACAACUACCAAAAUAUGCUACAGCAGUCACAAGCGCAAUAUCUGGUACUAGAAAAGAAGUACAGCCGCGUAAAGAAAAUCCUGCGCGAUUAUCAGCACCGCGAAAGGGAUAUGAUUCAGUUCCAGGAGUACUACUUGCAACAUCUGCAGGAAAAGGACACCGAGUACAACGCGCUGGUGAAGAAGCUGAAAGACCGUGUCAUCUGUCUCGAGCAAGAUUUACAGGAAACGCAACGAAAAGCUGGGUUUCCUGUGAUAUUACCAUACGACAGCACGAGCCUGAAGCUUACACCCCAGAUGACUCGUCGGCAACCGCCGAAACCUAUCUUUCAGAAGCUUGAAACCGAGUUUUCUGACACCGAGUUCAGCGAUCUGUCGCCGGACGGUGAGGGUGAGGAUGGCAAAACGGCGACCGUAGAACGGAAAGUUCCACCGGCGAAGGAUGACGAUCUCGAUGUGGGUGCCGUACCGCAGCAUAAGCUGCUGGACAACUCGCUGAACAAGGGCAAAAGUGAUCUCGUGGCCCGGUCCGGUGGUCUGGCCAAGCGCAAUUUGCCGGGAAAGCGAAGUCACAGCAACAGUGGUUCCGAUUGUGCAUUGGACGAAAGUGAGGAUGACGCGAUAUCGACGACAAACACGACGACGGCCGCAUCUAACGUGGAGUACAGUGGGCUGUACAGUGCACCGCAGAUCGUUGGCCGGAAAGUGGUAACGGCGGGGCUGAUGAAGGGUGAGGAUACUGGUCCACCGGUGUACGCACAGGUAAACAAGGAGCGAGGUUCCGCCGGUCAUACGGGUGGUGGUACUGGCGAUCAUCAGCAGCAACACCACACGACGAUUCCAAGCAUCUACCGAUCGGAUAAUGGAAAGCUCAACUCGAGCUAUGGCUCCGAUUUGAAUGCUUCAUCGUACGACAGUGAUCUCGGAUCGUCGACCGACAAACUGAAGGACAGUGGGCUGUCAAGCGACAGCUGGAUGUAUCCAAGUCGGCGACCAAAAGGCCUCAAAGGCAUUACGCCGCCCCUGCUGGCCGAGCAGCUGAAGGAGCGAUUGGCGGAACGUGAAGGACGACGAGGCUCCGGCAGUGGCCUCAUCGAUGAUGCGUCAUCCCGUGACUCGAGUGACGACUACUCGGAAAUCAAUCAGCAGCGACAUCUCAGCCCAGCGGCUUCAUUGUCGCAGAACCUACUGGUGGAAAUCAAGAAGGCGGUUAACGAAGCACAACCUAAAGUGAAAAACAUUCUUCCACAAAAUUUAUCUCCUCCAGGCGGCAAUGGUCCUUGGCAGCAGCAGCAGCAGCCGCACCAACAACCGCAAGUGGGACAAUCGAGUGGAACCGGCGCGGGCUCUCAGGGUCCACCAUCUCCAUCGAGCGCCUCCAGUGGAUCCACUUCACCGGGCGCUUACUCGCCGAGCCGUACGCUCGAUCUGUCCGGAUCGACGUCCAGCUUCUCAAGUGACCGUGUUCGAGAUGCUCACCAAUGGAAGAACGGUCCCGUCGAGGAGUGGUCCAAUGAACAGGUAUGCCAAUGGUUGCUCGGUAUCGGACUAGAUCAUCACAUACCAGCAUUUAUGCAGCACUCGGUCGAGGGCGGUGCACUGCUGCAGCUGGACAAGCCGGACUUUAAGAUUUUGAACAUUGGAGGCGACGAUAAGAAGCACCUGAAGCGAAACAUCAAGGAACUACGCCGGUUAAACGAGAAGGAACGCAAGCAGCAUGAGAAAGAACGUCGCGAGCGCGAAAAACAGUUCAAGAAGGCAGAGAAGAAAGCAGAAAAAGAACAAAAGAAGCGAUUACAAAAGUGAACAGUCGAAAGUCGAAUAGCGAUUGCAGCUGUAUUAGGGAACGAUGCACGGGGAAGUGCAAAGCAUUUAGAAAACCGUUCCGGCAAGUACUUCGAUGUGUAAAGUAUUUUUCCGAUAAACAAAUUAAAUAUGACAGUAAUGAAAUCUUUGGCAUGUAGCUACCAGCAAGCAGCAAGAACUGUUAAUACGACAGCAAUAUGAUAACUUCAACAUCGAUCGAUCGAAGGAAGAAUCGGUUCUGAUAGCCUAUCCGGUGCCCGGAGACUGACAAUAGGAAAUGGAUCUCGAUAAGCUUUCCGUUUUCGUGUGUAGCGCGCUUUCCUGGUUUGAACUAUACUUAGCAAAAUUAGUUUGUAACGGUUCAGUUAUUUAUUAUUUUGUAAUCUUUUUAGUUUAAUUUCUGUUUUUGGUGUAACGGAAGAACCGUUUCAUUAGGGACUCCUUUACAUUCUUGCUACUUUUGUAAUUAUUAUUUUUUUCUUCGUUUCGUUAGUUUGUGUGUCGGCUAUAAUUUAUUGUUCAAAAGUAAGUCUUUUCGAUCCUUAAUAUGUGCAAAUAUUUAUGUAUUUUGGUGUGCGAGACUCUAAGAUGUGUUGGACCGCUCUAUUGCAAUCAUAUACCAGCGAAAGGGCGACUGGUUCGUAGCGAUUACACUUGAAAAAAUCCUCAACGAUGCGAUUAAAGCGAAACAGGUUGUGACACAGAAGGAGGAAUGUGUGCCACAGAAGGAUCGUCAAUGAAGGUAAUCAACUUAAUACAGGCAGCCUUUAUUAGUUCAGCAACAGACCUCUAAGGCAUUUAGUUAAUAACAUCUAAACAUAAAAAUAAAACAAUUUGUGUUGAAAAGGCCACGAAGCAUCGUGGAGAUUUAGAAUAGAAAAACUACAAAUUGGACGGUCUGCUAUGUAAUUCAAGUUGGAUUUGUAGCGUAAACGUCACUAGAGAUCAAUUGAUAAGUGUGGAGUAAAUUUUUUAGUCCCUUCCGUCAUUCACCUUUUUAAGACACGAGUAGACCGGCACAUUACUAGAGUUAGGGAAGAGUUGCAGAAUAAAUCGUUA